GAUUCUUCUGUGAACAAAAAAACGAGUUUAUAUUUUUAUUGAUCUGAUUAAAUGAAAAUUAUUAAUUGUAAAGAAAUUAUAUCAACAAAUUCUAUGGAUCAAGGGAUUUUUAUCGAUACUAACUUUAUUCUUUAGAAAUUCACCGUAACUGGGAGUGCCGCUAGAUCGCAGUUGAACAUGCUCCGAAAGGAUUGGAGUGAAUUUUACGUUAUAUGCGAAAAAAGAUUGCUUUUUUAUUUUUCAAAAGUAAUAUGGUAUCUCGAACGAUUUCUUUAAAAUCUUAUGCAAAUCUUCUAUAAACGAUAUGUGAACAUUAGAUUAAGAAGAAGACAAACAAUGUAUCGGUGAAACUGGCAUGAAAAUGUACAGCGGUGUUAAGUGGCCUCUGUGAUGUAUUGCGAACGGUGCUUAACCUAACUUUUCAUCGACGCUUCUACACGGCGUUUUCUUGCGAUAAUGGUCAUGGACAAUCUUGUCAUUUUAUAAUCAUUUUUAUGUGAAAAAUUAAUUUGAAUGAUGUGACAAAUGUUUUUUUUUGCUUCAUAUUUCUGAAGCUUCUUAAUAAAUUUAUGAUUAUUGAUCAUAAAUUAAACUGUUAUGUUGAGCACUUAUGUAGUGUUCAUUAGUGUAUUGUGUUGUGUAUAGUGUUCAGAUUGUACAAAGUUUUACCUUUUGUGCAAAUUAUAAUUGUUAUAUUGAACUUGUGAUGGUCAUGGUGACAUCAAAUUAUAACUGUGACAAUUGAAAAGGAAGAUAACUUAAUGAGAUGGAUAAUAGAAAGAACACAUGCUUUGGGAAUUAAUGGGUAUAUGCUUUUCCUGCAGGAGACCUACAGGCAGCAGGCUGAAUAAUAAAAUCUCAGAACAUAUCUCAGCAUCAGUAACACCCCUCCAUGUUUGUCUGGAGGAACAAAGAGGACCAGAACUGGGCUCUUGUGACGCCUCGGCUUAUAAGCCACAGGCAAAAAAGUUAUUUGAAAAGCAGAAAACAAAAGAAAGGAGUAGUAAAGAAGAAGUGGAAACUGAAAUUAUUGCAAUCAAAGCAGGAGAUUUGAAAUUCAGUCAGCCAAGUAUGUCCAAUACUAUCAGUAAUAUGAAGAUGACCAACCGUAUUAAAGGAAUGGUGAGCAAACGUCGUAGGCGUUUCACAGAAGAUGGUUUUGAUCUUGAUCUCACAUACAUAAGAGAUAAUUUAAUAGCAAUGGGAUUUCCAGCUGAAAAGUUAGAAGGAGUAUAUAGAAAUCACAUAGAUGAUGUUGUCAAAUUGUUGGAAUCUAGACAUAAAGAUCACUAUAAAAUUUACAAUCUAUGUUCAGAAAGAUCUUAUGAUUUUAAAAAAUUUAAACAAAGGGUAGCUACAUAUGCGUUUGAUGAUCAUAAUCCACCAAUGUUGGAUCAAAUUAGACCAUUUUGUGAAGAUGUACAUGAAUGGCUUUCUCGGCAUCAAGAAAAUGUAGCUGUAGUUCAUUGUAAAGCGGGUAAAGGUCGAACAGGUGUAAUGGUGUGUUGUUACCUUCUUCAUAUUAAACAAUUUCCCACUGCCACAGAAGCCCUUAAUUACUAUGGAACUAAAAGAACGCACGAUAGAAAGGGUGUAACAAUACCUUCACAGAGGAGGUAUGUGGAUUAUUAUGCUACUCUUGUACAAGAAGGAUUAAAUUAUCAACCUGUUACAUUAUUGUUACGGAAAAUACAAUUGGAUCCGGCACCCAUUUUCCAUGGAGGUCAAGGAUACUUACAUUGUGUAAUAUCUGAAUCUAAAAAGAAGAUAUUUAGCUCUGAAAUAGUAGAAGUACGCAAAGGAAUGCAUACGAUUAGUAUUCCUUUAAAACACAGUGUAGCAUUGACAGGAGAUAUACGAGUGGAUUUCUUUAACAGACCAAAAAUGAAACGAAAGGAAAAAUUGUUCCAUUUUUGGUUCAAUACAUUUUUUGUACGGGAUUAUUUAUCGCCAGAAUAUGAUAACGGAGAGUUACCAGUUGAGCGUUCAACUAGGGCAUUGAGUUGCGAUGGUACAACCAUGGAAUUACCAAUGGUUAUGUCGCAUAUGAAAUCCCGGGCCGGAUCGCUGGCUAGUCUCGGACCUAUGCCACCUACUCUUGUUUUAAGUAUAGAUAAAUGGGGUUUGGAUGACGCACAUAAAGAUAAACAUCACAAAGUAUAUAGUGCUGAUUUUAAAGUUAGUUUAUUUAUGCAUCGAAUGGGUGGUACUAUAUCGCAAGCUGUAUCAGCAACAACAAAUAGAACAGGAGAGGGUAUACAAAUAGGAAUGGGAGGACAAGACACUCCGAGCGAAUCAAGUGAAGCGGACAGCAGUGAAUGCGAUACGACCGGAGAUACAACGGGUGAUGAAGAUGGGGAAUCUGGUGAGUCUUCUGCAUCUCUGGUGGUGAAUCACCAUCCUCUUACACACAGCAGUAGCCGUACACACGUUAGUAUUCACCAAAGAGCUAGUCUCAGAGAAACUGCAAAGGGUUUACUCUCACGUGGGGAUAAAAAUAGAAGUAGUCAUCGGCAAACCACAAGCAAUGUGAAACGUUCUUCAGCUCUUGUACGUUCAGCCACGUUUGAUACAUAAAAAAAUUAUAUAUGUAUAUAUGUAUUAUUAUUAUAUAUGUAUAUAUAUGUAUAAUUUUUUUAUUUUAUGUACAUAUUGUGUGUAUAUAUAUAAAUAGCGCACACGCGCACUAUAUAUACACAUAACGCACACAUAUGCACGUCCUCACACACAGAGUAUUUUGUACUUAAUGAGUUGAGUUCUUUGAACUGAUAUACGAUUUUUACAAGUUUAUAUAAAACUAGAUCGUGCUACUAGUUUUUCUUUGUUAUGCCAGCAUGAAAAGUUUUAGUAAGUUCUUAAAUGCAUCAAUUUUAUCUAUGUUUUUUGCUAUUGAACAUUAUGAACGUAUAUAUAAAAAGAUUUUGUUCAGUUUUAAGAUAAGAGGAAUUAAAAGAUAUUUUGAGAAAAAACUUUUUUUAAAUGAAAAGAAUAUGAAAAUAUGUAUUUUAAUAUUAUUCCUUUAAUAAGAUAUUAGCUGAAUAAAUUUUUAAUGUUUUUUUUUUUUAGUUUCAAAUUUAUCUAUUAAUCAAAAUAAUAGAAUCUAUCUCCGCGAUAUAUUAACAAAAUUCUAAUUAAUAUUCAAAACUAAAAGAAUUGUAAAUUAAGAAACAACUGUAUAUUUUUGCAUAACAGAUAUUAUUUGCAAAAUAUUAAGAUGUUCCAGUAUUUGAUGUUAUGAUUUUUUUCUUUUUUUCUUCUUUUUUUAAAAUGAAAAUUAUUGGAUAUUUAUUAUUAAAAAUUAUUUUUAAAAAACGAAUCUUAUAAUAUGACUAUUGUAUAUGUUCCAUUUAUUAUAUUAGAUUUCACGUAUUUUGUUGAUGAUGACUGUUUAUAAUUGUUCGAAAUAGUAAAAUUUGUAUGUGUAUAUAUAUUGAAUAAGAGAAGUCUCUUAGUGGUGAAAAGAAAGUGCCGUCUUUUGCGUUUAUGCAAUUAUGUAAUAACGUACUAUGUACGAAACUAGUAUUUGUUUUGUAAUUGUAUGACAAAGCCAAUUUGUAGAGAAUAAUUGACUAAAAGUACAGAAUAAGAAACGCGACAAUUUGUAAUUGUAAUAUUUUAUCGUUUGUAUUUGUAUUCUUUGUGGCAUUAUGAAGAAAACAGAUGAAUCAAAUGUAUCCUGAUUGCCUUAUACUUUGUGAUGGUCGUAACAAAAUAGCAAAGUUGAUUUACAUAGAUUGGAGAGCAAUAGUAAAAAUUUAAUACACAUGUACAGAAAAUUUAACGUUUCGAUUUCACAAUUGAAAUAUGUUACACAUAUAUUAACAGGCUGUGCAAUGUCUCCAAAUUUGAUUUCCUUGAUAUCUAGCAAACAUGAUUUUCAUGUCGAUGACAAGAUAUAUUUCAUUUCAAUUAAGUUAUUGUGUUUUAUCGUAUAAAUUAUCACGAAUUUUUAUUAAUAUAAUACAAAGGUUAUAUUCGCGUAUAAUCAUUUAGAAUCUAAUCGAGUAACAUUAUCUUAAGAAUAUUAAUAUUUUCUUUUAUAUAUAUAUUAUACUAUUUCAGACAAGUAACUGUUUAUUUCUUUUUAAUUUCUGUCUUUUAAAUCAAUUUUUAUUUUAUUAGUAUUAUUAAUAUUAUUAAUACAAAAUUAAAGAAAAUUUGCAUCAAGUAUAUUCAAAAAUUUGGCAAAACCACGUAAAAUUUCGUUUUAAAAAAGCGGUCUUAAAACUGAUAUUUUACGUGUGUUGAGCUGAAAUGAAAAGAAUUUAGAGAAAGUUUUAAUAUUGAUUUUAUUAUUUAAUUUUUUUUUUCUUUUUAUUCAUUAUUACUUCAUUACAUUAUCAGAUAUUCUAGAAAUGAAUAAGUGUAUUAUUAAAUAAAAAUAAGCUAUCGAUAAAUAAAGUUAAAAGGUUGUUACUCGAUACACGAAAUUACCUUAUGCGCAUAUUCCUCUAUGAGGGAUUAUUCGCUCCGUUUUUAUUUCUCGCUAUUAUUAGUUUUCGAAGAUAUAUGGAUAUUUUUCUGGUUCAUUUUCGAUUACAUACAUAUUCAGGUAUUUUACUUAUUGUUAAAUGUAAACAAAUUUUUAAUCCUUUUGCUUAUUAUGGAGGGAUUAAAUUUUUUUAAAGAUUAUAUAUAGAUAUUUUUUUUUUUUUUACAUACUAACAGAAAAACGCAAUUAGAAAAUAUAAAAUUUACAAAUUAUAAAUUUAAUUUUCUCUUUAUUGAUCUGCGCAUUUAAACAUGUGAUGAGAGAGAGAGAGAAAGAGAGAAAGAGAGAAAGAGAGAAAGCGAGAGCGAGAGCGAGAGAGAAAGAGAGAGAGAAAGUUGUACUAUCUUAUAAUUUAAAAGUGUAACAAUUAUAAAAAUAAGAUUAUAGAUAUUAGAAAAAAUUAGGAAAGUUAGAAAUGUUUUGAUAAAAUUUAUAUGUGAUUGUUAUUAAUAUAAUUUCAUUAGCGAGGAAAACAAUGGAGGUACAAAGUUUCAAACGACAUGGAAAUUUAAUUACGAAAUGCCGUGUUAAUGGUAUAAGUAGAAAAAUAUCUCGAAGCUGUUAAUAUAUGAUGAAUAGACUUUUAUACGUGUUAGUUUUUUGUAAAUAUGUAGUAAAUAUUGUAAUAAUUGGACAAUUCAACCAUACAGGAAUUGGAUAUUCAGAUAAUUUUCAUUUUUUUGAAAAUUGUAUCACCUUUUGUCGAAUAGAUUUUUUGUGAAUCGUUCACAUUAUAGAUUCUAGUACUUGUAAGUACGUGCUUAAUAAUUUUCGUGAAUUUAACGUGUCAUGCAUGAGAAUGCGAAAGUUAGGAAAGCCUAGCGAUUAUUGUUUAAAAUAUAAAUUUCUAUAUCCUUUUUCGGUAUAUAUCUAGAAAUAUGAAAUGUCAUCAAAAUCUUGAUAUAUCCUAAUUUUACUCUGUUUUUUGUAUCGCUGCAUGUUGGUAGUUCAUAAUCGGAUAUUUAUAAUAGUUGAAAUUCAUAAAACUGAUACACAUCUCUACUACAUAUUUUGUAACGAUUAUUUUGUGAUACUAUUAUACUUAUGAUUAUUAAUUAUAUCGUUGCUAUAUCUUUA